CAGGACAAUGACCGACUUAAGUUGAUGUUGCUUUAAUUAAUAAAAAACAAAAGUUUUUAAAUUUAAUAAUAAUUAAAAUGUCAUUUGAUAAAGUUUUAUACAAAUAUGAAGAUCCACAUGGACCAGGUGAUGUGUAUUUUAUAUGGCAAAAGGGACUUUCUUGUUCUUUGUUAGCAACGACGGGCUCAGAUGGCACAGUGGCAAUUUUCAACAGACAAGGUCAACUAAUUGAACGAAUUACUUUACCGGGUUUAUGUUCCGGUUUCGCAUGGGAUAACGAAGGUGAUUUGUUGGGUAUCAUAACGAUUAGUUCGCCUGUUAUAACAUUAUGGGAUGCCAGCACACAACUUAAAACCACUGUUGAGUCUGGAUUGCGUGAUACGUUAAGCUGCAUUGUAUGGUCUAAACAACAACAAAUAUUAGCUGUGGGCACAGCAAAAGGUAAUGUGGCAAUAUAUAAUCAUCGAAGCGGUAAACGUAUACCAGUGCUGGGUAAACAUUCGAAGCGUAUUACAUGUGGUGCAUGGUCAGCACAAAACUUACUUGCGCUUGGUUCAGACGACAAAAGCUUUUCGCUAAGUAAUGAAGAAGGCGAUUCUAUGCGUAUUGUACCAUUACGAGACGUUCCCACAGAUAUGUAUUUCUCUGAAAUGGCGAAUGAUGAUCGCAUAUCUGGUGAAAAUGCCAUUAGUAUGAUUGUUGGCAAGCGUACAUUAUUUUUAUACUACUUGCCUGAACCUGAUUCACCAACUGAAUUGGGCUUUCAAAAUCGAUAUGGCUCACUAUUGCAACACAAAUGGUUUGGAGAUGGCUAUAUAUUAUUGGGAUUUUCAAAUGGUCACGUAGUAGCUAUAUCAACACAUCCCAAAGAUGUCGGACAAGAAUUGUGGCAGGUUAAAAACCAUAAAGAUAAUCUAACAGGUUUGGCUUAUUGUCCAGUAUUGGAUAUAGUAGCUUCCUGUGGCGAUGACAUGUACAUUAAAAUACACUCAAUAACAAAUUUACAAGAGACCGAAAAAAUUAUAACUGUACCAGAUCGUGCAGGCGUACAAAUGAUUGAUUGGUCCAGUGAUGGGCAAUUAUUGGCGGUGACUACCAACAACGGCACUGUUUACACUUAUGUAACUAAGUUGCAAGCAAUGUACGCUGUUUCACCACCAAGAAUUGCCAUACUUAGUAGUUUGGCUGAAGUUUCAAUAUAUGUUUACUCUCCAGAAAAGUCGAAGCCUAUACCAUUUCGUCAAAGUCUCGAAACUGAACCGACAUUCAUUGCUAUUGGUCCAUAUCAUUUUGCGGCUGGUAUUGAUACCCAUGUUUGGUUUUAUGAUCUUGGUAAAAGUUUAGGGGAACAACCUCAACCGUUAAGUGAACGUGACUUCUCAACGCAAAUAAAUCAACUUCAACUCAAUGCUGACUAUUGUGCUGCCCUAUGUUCACCACAUUUAGUGCUACAGGCUAUAGUUCCUGACAAUCCAAAUGUGAAGGAUAAAUUAAUGCAAACAUUUCCAACAUCUAUGCCCACAUUAAAUGAUGCUGUUAUAACAUGCUUUUGUCUGACGCAAGAAUUUUUAAUAUUUGCCACCGACAUUGGUCUACUUGUAUAUUUUUCAAUAGAAAAAUGGGAUAUCUGCACCAAGUACCGACAUAAUAUGGGUAUUAAACAAAUGUUUACUGAUGCCGAAGGCACUAAAAUAAUAUUUGUUGACGAUCAUGGACAGGGCUUCAUUUUCCUACCGGCAAUCGAAGAAGCUAUAAUGAUAGCGGAGUUUGAUAAGAAAUGUGAAACCUGUCUUUGGGAUUUAACACAACCAAAUUUGUUCAUAACCUUUGAUGGGAAAACGGUCAGUACAAAUGUGUUUGUGCGGUAUUCUGUCUAUGGUAAACAUACUGUAAAAGUAGGCGAAACUAAGUUAAAUGCGUCACAAAUACCUUUAAUGUUGUGUGACGGUGAAAUGGCUUUACAUAUUGAAGGUGGUCAGUAUGCUACACAAACUUUGAGUACGCAUAUAGUAAUACCCGGUAUUAGUCCAAGCAAUAAUCUUAAAAAUCUACUACAACUAAGAAAAUACUCAGAAGCUUAUAAAAUUUGCGAAAAAACAAAUUUAAGAGCUAUGUGGCGAGAAUUGGGUGAACAAGCUAUAGCUGACUUGGAACCGGAUAUAGCUUUACGCGCAUAUCGUCAAAUUGAGGAUGCUGCUUUUGCAUCAGCUUUAGAAAAUAUACGAUACAUUGAAGACAUUUACCUGCUCACUGGUUUUUGCUGUUUACUCUUAAAGAAAUAUGAAGACGCCAAGGAUAAUUUCUUAAAAGGCGCUUAUACCAAAGAUGCAUUAGAAAUAUGUAGAGAUCUUCUACAAUGGGAACAAGCUUUAUUAUUGGCUCAUAAAUUUGAACCUGACGAGGUACCAUAUAUAGCAAGAGAAUAUGCUCAGCAACUUGAAUUCACUGGAAACUAUGCGGAUGCAUUAUAUCAUUAUGAAAAAGGCUAUAAGGAAGAUCUCAUAAAUACUUACGAUGGUGAAGUAAUGAAUUCAUCACCAGAAUAUGCAGAGCAUGUACGUUUAUGUAAGAUAGGUAUAGCAAGAACUUCAAUAAGAGCGGGAGAUUUUAGAAGAGGAAUACAAUAUGCGGUGGAGUUAGACGACAAACAACUUCUCUAUGAUUGUGCCGAGCUGCUAGCAACUGUUGGUCAUUUUACUGAAGCUGCUGGACUUUAUGAGCGUGGUGGCUACUAUGAUGAGGCAUGCAGUUAUUACAUUAAUCUGAAAAUGUGGAAUAAAGCAAACCAAAUAUUACCUAACGUAAAAAGUACAAAAUUGCAUGCACUUUAUGCUAAAGCCAAAGAAUCUGAUGGUCAAUUCGAAGAAGCAAUAAAUAGUUAUCGUAUAGCCGGUGAUCUUGAUGCCUGUGUACGUUUAUAUUUAGAUCAUCUUUGUGAUCCACAUGCUGCCUCAGAAAUAGUGCUAGAGUCACGUUCAAUGGAAUCUUCAAAGAUGUUAGCGAGAUUUUAUCAAAAAAUUGGAGAUAUUGAACAGGCUUUACAGUUUUUAGUAAUUUGUGGUUGUAUAGAAGAGUCAUUUACGCUGGCACAGCGACAUAAUAAAUUGAAACAGCAUGGUGAACUCUUGGAGCGUUAUGAGAAUGCAAAGUCAAGUGAUUAUCUGGUAUUGGCGCAUUAUUUUGAAAAUGAAAAGUACACAUUACUGGCUGGAAAAUAUUACUUUUUAGCGCGAGAGUUUACGAAGGCUUUACGGUUUCUGUUGAAAGCUUCCGCAUUUAGUAAUGAAGAAUCUCAGGCACUUUCAUUAGCUAUCGAUUGUGUAGCAACAUCGAAUAAUGAACAAUUGGCAACACAAUUAAUUGAGUUUUUACUUGGAGAAGUGGAUGGUUCGCCAAAAGAUCCACGUUAUUUAUUUCGUUUGUAUAUGGCACGCAAACAUUAUAAAGAUGCUGCCAAAACAGCGGUUAUAAUAGCCAAUCAGGAGCAAUUAGCUGGAAAUUAUAAAUCAGCACGAGAUUUACUGUUUUCUAUGUAUCAAGAAUUACGUCGAAAUAAUCUUUUUGUAACCGCCGAAAUGCGACAUAAUCUUAUUCUUUUGCAUCGCUAUACGCUAGUACGUACACAUGUUAAACUAGGUAAUCAUUUGCUUGCUGCUAAAUUAUUAGUACAAGUGGCGGAAAACAUAUCACAGUUUCCAGAACAUAUUAUUCCUAUACUCACGUCAACUGUUAUUGAGUGUCAUCGUUCUGGUCUUAAAAAGUCUGCUUUUACUUAUGCUUCAAUGUUAAUGCGUCCAGACUAUCGUAAUCAAUUAGAUCCGCGUUAUUCUAAAAAAAUAGAGUCAAUUGUUCGUAAAGCACCAAAAGGUAUUAAAAAUUUAAUAGAUGAAAUUGAAAAAGAAGCAAUGGAAUGUCCUAUAUGUGAUACAAAUUUGCCUAACAUGGAAGUUACAUGCCACGUUUGCAAAACAACUCUACCGAUUUGUAUAGCCACUGGGCAACAUAUCAUUAAAAAGCAAAUGACGUCGUGUCCUGAAUGUGAUUUUCUAUGCUUUCGGGCUGAAAUGGAAAAUAUCCUCUCUGAAACAAAUGAAUGUCCAAUGUGUGGGGAACGUGUUGCUCCAGAGCAGUUAUUAGAUGUUGAAGACAUACGACCUUAUAUUUUGGCUUCAUCGUAACUUAUAGUAAUAAAUGCAUGU